GCAACAUCUCCUUCCAAACAAAUUCCCCAUCUUCUUCCAGUUCCAGCACGCACAACCCACCCAGGCGGAGAAUCCCCCACACCAAAUCAACCUCAGCAGCGAUGGCCCCCAAGGCGGAGAAGAAGCUGGCGGCGAAGAAGCCCGCGGAGGAGGAGCCGACGACGGAGAAGGCCGAGAAGGCCCCGGCGGCCAAGAAGCCCAAGGCCGAGAAGCGGCUGCCGGCGGGCAAGACCGCCUCCAAGGAGGGCGGCGAGAAGAGGGGCCGGAAGAAGGGCAAGAAGAGCGUCGAGACGUACAAGAUCUACAUCUUCAAGGUGCUCAAGCAGGUGCACCCCGACAUCGGCAUCUCCUCCAAGGCCAUGUCCAUCAUGAACUCCUUCAUCAACGACAUCUUCGAGAAGCUCGCCGGCGAGGCCGCCAAGCUCGCCCGCUACAACAAGAAGCCCACCAUCACCUCCCGGGAGAUCCAGACCUCCGUCCGCCUCGUCCUCCCCGGCGAGCUCGCCAAGCACGCCGUCUCCGAGGGCACCAAGGCCGUCACCAAGUUCACCUCCUCUUAGAUUGCCAUGUUUGCGUCUCAGGAACUGUAGUUGGCUGCCGUGUAUCUAAAACUGGUGGAAUGCUGAUUUUUGGUUUGAUUGCUGAUGUUGCCGUGUCAUGUACCGAUCUGAAAUAGUAAACGAUGUGAUAUGCAUCUCUUGGGAA